AUUGACAAUUACAAUUUCUUGAUUGCCUAUACCUAAAUGUUGGAAUAAUGUAAAUUGUCCUGGUUAGAGUUAGAUAAUUAAUAAACAUAAUGUUUCUGUGAGUAUUUACUUGUCUAAUAAAACAAAAAACCAUUUCUAUAUAUAACAAAUAAAUUCCUGUUAUUUGCUUGGGAGUGUCGUGUAGAUGCGCUGACCUUCGUUUGGAUGCACAACGCACAACAAAGCAUCAAAUUGACGGCUGCCCCAUUUCCACAACAAAAUUCAUAUUUGGUGUUGUUUUAUGAGAAGUGAAUGAGUAUAUGAAACAAUGACUUUUCCAAAUAUUUAAUUCGGGAUAUUGAUGUGCGAAUACAUGUUAGACACGUAGAAAGUUACAUGGCAAUGGAGAAACCACUACGACAACGCAAACUGUUUUCAAUGAUGUGUUUUACUGUCCACCAGCAAAGAGUUUCUUUUCUUCUAGGAGGAUUCUAGCGGAUCUGGACAAAUAAAUUUUGGUUAUUUUAAAACAUAAUUAACAAGAUGAAUGAAAGGGAUAUCCCCAGUGUCCCCAUUACAACAUUAGCGGGUGUAGCCAGCUUGACCGAUUUACUACCUGUGUUACCACUACCAACACCAUUACCAUCGACAUUAAACAAUAAAUCGCAAUUGUUUCACCCGAGGGUUGCUGAAGAGGCAGCAAUUUUACUUGCAACUCAAGACGAUAACUUAGUUUCAUUAUUGAUACAAUCCCUUAUGCAGACUUCUGUUCAGCACAUUGAUUUAAAGGAUGAAACUAUUCAAAAUGCUGUCAGUCCUGCUCCACAACAAUCUACACCUGAACUACUGAAAGCCAUUCUAAGUGUAAAUCCAAAUGUAUUUGAUCAACAGCAACGCAAUCAUUGGAAUAAUCAUUUACACACAGCAAAGUAUAAUGGUGUAUCACCAAAUGAUUCAUAUAAUUAUUCAGCUCAUAAUACUGUUAAUUCAAGUCCUUCAACAAUCCAUUCAUCAACCAUUCCAAACCAGCAACUUCUAGCAACACCAUGCCAGUCUUCUCCAAAUGUAAAUAUGGGCUCUCCUCCUUCACAAUCUAGACCAGGAAGCCAAGUGAAUAUUAAUGCUCAGAAUAGUAUGUCACCAAUGUGGAGUAAUGCAAAUUCUUCAAAUGCCUAUGCAAACUCACAAAAUGGUGGUUUUUACAGCAGUUUGACACCAGACAAUAGUAAUUUAACUAAUUUGUCUGAAGACAAAGAUCCACUCUCUAUGUCACCCACAAAUAUCACAGACCAGCCAAGAACUAUUUUGCAAUCUCAAGAAAAGGCGUUUGGACAAGACAGCAAUGUCGUUACUGGACAGUCACCAGCACAAGCCAGCGUAGCACCAUCUCCUUUACGUCAAGAGCCCCACGUACCACAACCAUCGAUGGGGGCGCCUUAUGCGCCGCCACCCGUACAGACAGAAAAACAAGACACUAAUAAAACUACUAAGACUGCAAAUAACAAAUAUCCUAUUGUAAAAAUUGGACGGCUAUCGGAGGGAAUACUGAAAAAACAUGAACCUUCUGGUGAAGACAGAUCUAGAAAAAAUAGUGCACUUGAAUCAGACUCUGAUGAUAAUUUACCACUAAAAAGCAAGUCUGGGAAUGCAAGUGUAACUGUAGAUAAAGAAAGAGAAGCGAUAGAUAUUGCUCGAGAAAAGAACUGGGAAGCGGUAAAAAGAAAACAUGAAGAAGCUAGCAAAAAAGAGGAAGCUGAAGCUGCCAUUGUUCGUCCUAAAUUGAGGAAAGUGGAAAGAAGAUUAGUACCUGUACUGGAAAUGCUAUCUGUUGAUGAAUUGAUGGAAACCAAUACGUAUCAAAGAUUCAACAAAUUAAUUGAUUCAGUAUUUGAAACAAUAGAUGAUGAUGUCAUAAUAACUGAUGAAAUGGAGGGAACAGAUAUCCCAGAAGAUUUAUUAUUACAACGCUACCAACUUCAAGAACUGUGUUCUGAGGCAGCUAAACUUAAGAAUCUUGGUGCUAUGGAAGCUAUUCCUUCUGACAGAUUAGUUCGUUUGCUAAAUAUAUUAGAGAAAAAUAUCAGAGCUGCUGAAAAGAUGUCGUUAGUAGGAGAUCCAGAGGACAGCGAGGAGAUGCGACAGAUUUGGAUAGAAUCUGCUUUAGAAAGAGUGAUGUGUGCAUCAGACGCGUGUUUGACUGCUUUGUACAUAAUGACCUCACCCAGUAUGCCUAAACGCGUUUUCCUAGAAGACGUAAUAGAUAGAAUUAUAAUGUUCAUUAAAUUUCAACUGAACAAUACAAUAUAUUGUGUUUAUGAUCCUGUCUACAGUAUUCAAACUACGUCCAAAAAGAAAGUGGACGGACGGAAAAGACGCGGCGGUGGAGCAGGUAACACGACCCGACGUGGUGGGACUGGAGGGUCUACACGCGCGGUGCGCGAGUUGUACACACACGCGCACGAGAGUGUCACGCUCCUUGCCGAGUUGCUCGGUGCCCAUCACCUCACCGAUACCACGGUAUUACACGCGUCCACCGUGGGCGUCUCGCCGUUCUUCGUGGAAAACGUGAGCGAACUCCAGCUCUCCGCGCUCAAACUCGUCACAACGAUAUUCACCAAGUAUGAGCAACACCGAAGACUUUUAUUAGAGGACAUUCUAGCAUCAAUUGCACGCAUACCAAGCUCGAAGCACAACUUACGUUCAUUCCAGUUGAGUUCCGAUCAACAUAUACAGAUGCUCACAGCAUUAGUGCUUCAACUUGUACAGUGUGUGGUCACAUUACCUGAGACUAUGUGCAAAUCUCAAGAUAAAGAUAAAGAACAUUCAGACACAAAUAGUAAGAAACAAAUCGACAAAGACCUUAUGAUAAUAUCGAAGUACGAAGCUGCAAUCAGUGUGGGUGGCACGUUCUUAACGUCGUUUCUGAACAAGUGCCGUAGUCGUCAAGAGGAGGUUGACUUCAGGCCCCUGUUCGAGAACUUCGUACACGAUUUACUAACGACUGUCAACAAGCCAGAGUGGCCUGCCACUGAAUUACUACUCAGUCUAUUAGGAACGAUGCUGGUAAAGUACAUGUCAGACAAAUCUAUGGAGAUGCCAGUGCGCGUAGCAUCGUUAGAGUAUCUAGGUUUGGUGGCGGCGCGUCUGAGACGGGACAGCGUGCACUCGAGGGCCAAACUCGCCACUAUGGACGCUGUAGUGAGGGAUAUACGUGCCGAGGAAGAGAAGGACGGCAACCAGGCACAGUCUAUCACAUCGGGCCUCGACGAAGACGAAGAGAGGACAGAAUUCCUUCAAAGAGUAUUACUAGAUUACCUAGCUAUCAAUGGACAGAAAGAUCAAGCGUGGAACUGUGCGCGGCAUUUCUACAUAACACAGUGGUACAGGGACAUGGUGGUGCAACCGAAAAGUACAUCACCUACAAAGAAAGCCAAGAACAAAUCUAAGAAGCGGUAUAAAGACGAGAGCAGCGAAGAGGAGUCGGAUGCCGACGAAGACAGCGACGGCGGCGUCAAAGAAUCAAAGCACGACAAGAAACACAUCACGACCGCAGUAAUGUCCGCUGAGCGAUUCAAGACGAUCGAGAGGCGGAAAACAUUCUUUUUAGAGAAAAUACGACCGUUCAGGUAUCAAGGCGGGACGCAAGUGCAAGUAAUGCAAUCAUAUAUAGACUACAGUGGCGCAGAACUGAUAUCUCAGUAUCUCGCAUCGAAGAGAUCUUUUUCGCAAAGUUUUGAUAGGUAUCUGAGGAAGAUAUUAGUGAUUUUGUGCGAAAACACUAUAGCGAUUCGGACGAAAGCUAUGAAGUGUCUGGCGAUGAUAGUGGAAGCGGACCCGGCGGUAUUGGCGAGGCCGGAUAUGCAGAUCGGAGUUAACCGGUCGUUCCUUGAUCAAUCUACCGCAGUACGCGAAGCCGCCGUAGACCUGGUCGGCAAGUUUGUGCUCAGCAGGCCCGAUCUCAUCGACAAAUACUACGGAAUGCUCUCCAAUAGAAUACUCGACACCGGAGUAUCAGUUAGGAAAAGAGUCAUAAAAAUCCUGAAAGAUAUAUGCAUAGAAUGUCCCGAAUUCCCUAAGAUACCGGAAAUCUGUGUGAAAAUGAUCAGGCGGGUGAACGACGAGGAGGGCAUCAGGAAGUUAGUGAUGGAAGUAUUUCAGAAUAUGUGGUUCAGUCCUUGCGCGAAUAGUGCUAGACUUGGUAUGGUCGAUAUGACGGCUGCUGCCGCUGACCCACUUACUAGGAAAGUCCUCAACAUCACUGAUGUAGUCAUAUCUUCGAGGGACAUGGGUCUGGAAUGGUUCCAGCAGUUACUUAUGAGCUUAUUCAAGCCGAAAGAGGAUAAAGAGGAUUCCACUAAAAUAAUUUAUCAACCACCUAAAUCACUAUUAGUUGCUUGCCAACAAAUCGUAGACUGUCUAAUAGAGAAUUUACUACAAUUAGAAGAAUCCAGUGCAGAAGGAUCUGCAUCGUCUCAACGCAUUUUAGCGUGCCUUUCAACAUUGCAUUUAUUUGCGAAAAUUAGGCCUCAAUUGCUUGUUAAUCACGCGUUAACAUUGCAACCGUACCUGAGUUUAAAAUGUCAAAAUCAAUAUGAACAGCAGAUAAUGUCAACGGUGGCGUCGACGUUGGAAUUAGUGGUGCCUCUUAUGGAACAUCCGAGUGAGGUGUUCCUCGCACAGUUAGAAGAGGAUGCUGUGAAGUUGAUCCUUCAACGGGGGCAACUGGUUAUCGCUUCUUGUAUAGCAUGUCUCGCUGCCAUAGUGAAUAACUUAACGCACAACUAUAAAUUAAUUAGGGAUGUCUUCAAUAAAUAUCAUGGUGUGCUUCUCCAAUGGAAGCACAGUUGGCAACGAAAUCCGGAAAUGACGCGAACACUGCACACUAGACCGCAUUUCCGGCGUGCACUUUUCAUAGUUGGUCUGCUACUGCGAUAUUUUGACUUCACUGACGCCAAAGUCAUUGAAGGUUUACCGAGUGAUAUAAAAGAGCAAGUGUUCAACACUAUGAUGUUCUUUGUGGGCCUCGAAGAUGAAGAUUUCGUAUCACACACAUUGAAAGCGCUUGGUUCAAUAUGCGUGCGGCACUACGAGUUCAUGCUGAGGCCAGAACUUAAAGAGUUCUACCACCAACUUCUAACAUCUGACCUCGCGCCCAUAGAAAUGAAGGCUGACGUGCUACGGAACAUAGAAAUGUACUUACAAGAGGAAGAACAAAGGAUGAUCAGACAGGAUAAAGAAUGGUCAAAACGAUCGAAACACGAGAAUCUGAAGGAAAUGGGUGAUGUAUCAUCCGGUAUGGCGUCUACUGUGAUCCAAUUGUACCUGAAGGAGAUUCUGGGAUCGUUUCUGCACAAUAGCACGGUGGUACGAUCCAGUGCGAUGAAGGUCGUACAACUUGUGCUAGCUCAGGGGCUCGUUCAUCCUGUGCAGAUUGUUCCAUACUUAAUAUGUAUGAGUACAGACACCGAAGUUACAGUGUCACAUACAGCAGAUAAAAACCUUCAAGACAUAGAUAAAAAAUACCCUGGUUUUAUUCAUAUGAAGGCACAAUUGGGCAUCAAACUGUCUUAUCAAUUACAGAAAAUAUUACAAACUAGCACGAAAAGCGAAAUUAUUAGAGGAUUUAGGAAAAAGGAUCAAGAUGAUUUACCUACAGCUCUAAAUGGAUUUCUGUAUUCAUUAUUACGAAACACGAGGCCGCAACGACGUGCGUUAGUGUUGUCGUUACUGAAACAAUUCGACGAUGUAUCUACGACGCCUCUGGAUCAAAUGUUGUACCUGGCCGAUAAUUUAAGUUAUUUCCCGUAUCAAGUUCAAGAUGAACCACUUUUUAUAAUACAUCACAUCGAUAUUAUCAUUUCUACGUCAGGGUCAAAUUUAUUACAGCUUUUUCGUGAGGGUCUUAUCAAAGAAAAUUCUGAAGAAAAAGAGCCAUUGGAUGAAGAGGAAGAUGACGAGGAGGCGGAAUCGCUGAUGACGCGUUUGCCGGUAUGCACGCGGCCGCUGCGAGACGCGAUGAGACAAGCGCGCGGCUGUUUACUUCUACUAGUACUCAAGCAACAUCUCAAACAGCUCUACGGCUUCACAGACGCUAAAAUCAACCAGUAUUCACCGUCGGAGAGUGUGAAGGUGUACGAAAAAGCAGUGUCGCGGCGGCAUGCUCCACUAUUCGAGCCGAAGGCGACGAUCGCGCAACUACAAGACGCUGAUGAUGUGGACGAAUUAGACGACCGCGCGCGACGGCGGCUCGUCGACGACUAUUUAGAGUUUAAACAAUUGAUGCUGAAAUUCGACCCGGAGGAGGAGGAAGAUGAGGAGUUUACGCCGGGCGCCGCGAGCGGGAGCGCGACUGGUGCGGCGUCAGUGAGCGCGGGCGCGGGAGCGGGGGCGGAGGCGGGGGCGGGAGCGGGCGAGGCGGGCGGAGGCGCGCCCGCUCCCACGUAG